AUGACUGCCGAUGGAAACUCGCACCGACAACAAUCACUCAACGCCCACGAUACGUCGUCCACCUCUCCGCCGCGACUGUCCUCUCUUUCUCUCUCGCUCCGCUCCUCGCGCUCCGUUUCCGCGCCCAACGUGUACCGAUAUAUUCCUUCUCUCUCUCUCUCUCUGCUUUAUUUUCUUGCGCCGUUAUCUCUCCUCCCUUCUCAAGAGAACCGCGGAAAUUAGCUACGCGAGAAGAAGGCACGAUGACAAGUGCUCGCGGUCGCCCGCUCCAGCAGCAUCGAGGAGGAAUUCCGUGACGUCACGAGCAACACAUUUCUUCCAUCACCGACGAGCGGACGGUCUCGCGAGUUCGCCGCCGUUCGGGUUGCUGCUGCGUGCCGCCGUUGCACGGCUUUUGACGGAUCGAUCGUAUCGCGACGUGUCGCUCUCCGCUCGCGGCACUCCGCCUCCUCCCGGACCACCGUCGUUGACCUCCUCGCCACCGUCGUCGUCGUCACGAUUACUCAGAGACGCGGCCAACCGCGAGUCUACGCUACGAACAUCCACUAGUCGCGAGUCCGCGCGAAUCCGCGCGAGUGCUCGCGAGCCUCUGCGGGAAAACGGUGCGGCGAUCGGCGCACUCCGCGGCGCUCACUCGUUCGCUCGCUCGCUUUCGUUCGGCCGCAUUCGCCACGUACGAGGGGAGGAGGGGUACGCGUCUCGUUCCCCGAGCUACUCCGAGGUACUCGAGUACUCCUCUCGGUAUUCGACCGCGACCACGCUCACCACGCGCUCGUGGCUCCGCGAUCCAUCGAAGUGCGCGACUUCGGAGACACUGGCUGGCCGCGCCGCUCGCUGCGGUGCGCGCGCGCUGGCAGGUAACGCCGAGUGCCGCAGGUCGAGACCCUCCUGCCAGAAGGCAGAUUUGCGCCACCAUGACGGUCGCUGAUUCGCUUUCUCUGUUGCUCGCUCAGCCCUCCGAUAGCUCUCGCUCUCUUUCUCUCCGACUGACGUUCCCUCUUCUUUUCUCUAGGGUGCGAGAGACACGUCGGCGCGUCGGAUUCCGUCGCACUCGUGUGACAUGACGGAGUCAAUGCGCAGCCGGACGUCGAUAGCCACGUUGCGAGACGGCCCUGCGAUCUCGAUGUGCCUCUCUGUCCAACUUUCAUCCACGCACUCCGUUCAUCUUCGCCACGCGCGUCUCUCCUCCUCCUCCUCUCAUCUGCUCUCGAGUUUGCUCGUGGUCGCGCGACUCCAGAGGCGCAGCUGCCUCCCACUCCGUGCGGACUUCCUUGCCAGACGUCGCGCUGUCGCUUCCUCGCAGCCGCCUGAUCGUCGUCGCGACGCUCCGCGACGGCGAGACAUCGAUGCAGACGAGGAUGCGUGAUCACGCAUCAUGAUCGCGAGCAGAAACGCGUUUUUUACUGUCUCCAGGACUCGUUAUCCUGGCGAGAAUCCCGUCCUUGUUGCCCUUGUCGAAACUCGAUAGCGCACGUGGAGUCGCAUGUUAUGCAAAUCGCCGCAGAUAUGCAGAUCGACGCGAGCAUUAUUGUCGCUGCGCGCGGCGUAUUGAACGUUUAUUGCUAGAAAGCACCGCACCAUACUUGAUUGGCGUGGCUUAACACAGAGACGCGGACUUUGUAUUGAAGCUUGCACCUGCUGGAAACAUGAGGCCAAGCUUCGACACGAGCUCAACACGAAAAAUAAAUUAGAACGUCUAAUUUAACGUACAAUAUAUUAUAUAUACAAUAUAUUACAUUAAUCACAUAAUAAUUAUAUGAUAUAGGCUGAUCUCGAUAAAGAAAUUUAUUUGCAAUUCUUUGAAUCAACGAUCACUGAUGAAAGUACAAGCAGCUUCUCGAAAAAACUAUUUCCCUCGUGCAAAGAAAGAGGUCUGCUCAGAGGGUUUUAUUUCACGCAAGAUGGAGCGACCACAAUGAACCCAGGAGGUCUUUGAAACAAUUCAUAAAGUUUAUGGCACCCGAGUUAUCGGUCUGGGAUUCUCCAAAUUUGCCCAGGGGAGGCUAGAAUGGCCACCGUACUCAUCGGAUUUAAAUCCAGUGACUUCUUUCUUUGCGGGUACAUUAUAAAGAUAAAUGGUAUGCCGGAAAUCCAAAAACUGUGCCAGAUUUAGUGGCAACUAUUAAAAAGGUCGUUAAUAACAUUGAAGACGACAUGUUAGAAAAAGCAUUUACGAGUUUUCGUAAAAGAAUCAUACUGUAUAUUAUGAACAUACUGUAUAUUAUAAAAGAAUAUGCAUGUAUUAUACAACAUGCAUUGUGGAGAAACAAAAUAUUGGCAGAAUAUUGUCAUAAAUAUGUAAUAAUGUGAAAAUAUAAUACAGAAAUAU